CUUUGAUAUUCUCUCAAAGCACAAAACACACUUCACAAUGGCUGCCCAGCUUAAGACUGAGACUGUCUGGUUCGACCAGGCUCGCUACGAGUUUGUCGAGCAACGCCUUGGCCACAUUACCGCCGCCCAGGCUCCCGCCUGCACUGGCGCCUCGACCUCGGCUGCCGCUGCUGCCAGCCACGACGGCGCACUCGAGAAGCGCGUCGCCGCCCUCGAGAAGGAGAACGCUGCCUUCAAGGAGCGCCUCGCCAAGCUCGAGCAGCUCGUCAAGAGCCUCGGCUCCACCCCUGCCCCCGCCGCUGCUGCUGCUGCCCCCGCUGCUGCCCCCGCCAAGGCUGAGGAGAAGGCUGCCGCUGAGGAGGACGACGACAUUGACCUGUUCGGCGACGACGAGGAGGAAGACGAGGAGACCAAGAAGAUCAAGGAGGCUCGCGUUGCCGAGUACCAGGCCAAGAAGGGCAACAAGCCCGUCCUGAUUGCCAAGUCCAGCAUUCUGCUCGACAUCAAGCCCUGGGACGACGAGACCGACAUGGUUGAGAUUGAGCGCCUUGUCCGCACCAUCGAGAUGGACGGCCUUGUUUGGGGCCAGGCCAAGCUCAUCCCCAUCGGCUACGGCAUCAAGAAGCUCCAGAUCAACUGCGUCGUCGAGGACGACAAGGUCGGCACUGACAUUCUUGAGGAGAAGAUCACCGAGUUCGAGGACCACGUCCAGUCCGUCGACGUUGCUGCCUUCAACAAGAUCUAAGCGCGCCAACAAACGUGGGCUGUAAAAGAGCUCGAGCUGCUUGCUAUUCCAACGACAGAGUGCGGAUUCAAUUCCCAUCCCCUAUCCCCAUUGUUUCCGCAAUCCAUACACUUUUGUUCUAAAGCUGUGUGAGCUUGCUUGAUGUUUUCUUUUUGUAAUACAUGUUAAGUUCAUUGUUUUUCAUUUAUGAAUCAACAUUUUGGUGUCACUGCC